AACGAAUUAACUAGGAACUCGCCCGGGACAUUCAAGCUCGAUAUCCGAUAAAUACAUAACGAAAAUAUAGAAACACCAAGAGUGAGGGUAGACGACCUGACCAACACGCUGGAGAUGCAAGAAGACGAACUCGAGGGGCUGCUUGAUCCGGUCACCAAACUCUCUUGAGACCUCGAAGAAGAAACUAACAAAGCACUGUCUAGAUUGACAAAGGACCAAUGUCGACACUGGGAUGUGAAUGUCAGCAAACAGGAGUCGCCGAGGGAAACUGAGGACCGUAGACUACACGAGACCACAGCUAGCUCACCUUAAGUUGACUCUGAGAACCAGAGACCAAUUUCUUCACUAACGUCAAGUGAUUAACCUGCGACAGAAGAUGAAUCCAAACACAUAAAUACAAGAGCACACUUCAAAGAAGCAAGCCGGCAGCUUCAAAGAAGAUCUGGGAACCGGGACACCGGGCAGGGAAGACGGAUGAGAGGGAGGUUGACAAUACUGCCCCGGGACAGCCAUAGACGACCAUACCGGACUGCAAACACUGCAAGACUCCACACGCCAAGGCUUGCAACCCUAGUACGCGCUAGGUCAAUCGCUAACCGUAAGGCCUGCCGACGAGGAACUGAACACUCCGAAGCACUCAAGGCCAUCGGAAGGGAGGCCGUAAACCUCCAAGACUCCAAGGAGGAAAACCGUACCUGACGUACGAGACUGCACCUCCAGUCUCGUACGUCAAAAACCUUGACUAUGCUUUGGAAACUGGUGGGUGACGCUAUAAGAAGACUGCAUGGUAUGUACCACCAUUGUUGAGCUUCUUGUAACAAAGAACAAGCCAAAGUGCCUGACCACAGGUUGUGUUAUUGUAUGAAGGAGUAAGAGCAGUCCUUGAACCUCUCGAAAAUCUGUCCUCUAUGUGGAGCGCAUGUAUGUCUUUCAUGAACAAAAUCCAUACUCUAGCGUAUUCCCAGCAGAUGCAGCUACAACAUAUCGCCUGCCUCUCCAAGUAUUUGGAGAGAUACCAUAUGAACGAUGGUGCACAAAUUUUACCUGAGAAAAGAAGAAGAAAAAAAUUCAGGUCAUUGAUGUAAAAGAUAAGAAUGCACUAAAUUUACAGUCACCCAAUACAAAGCCAGAUGGAUAUGGAAUUACAUUCAUUCUCUGGCCUAGAGUAUUGCAUACAAUAUGUAAGCCAGAAACUACAGUUUUAGUAAUAAAGUAUUUUUGCAUGUUUAAGAUGAAAACCAAUCUAAAUCAAGAAAAAAAAGUUUAAGCAUCAUCUAUGUUGUAACUUAAGAAUUGUGUAUGCUGUUGUAGCCAACGUGAGAGUUUAAUAUCAAUGUUCCACAGCAGCAUUGUUCAAGUUAGAUCAAGCAUAUAUUCUUAUAAACUAUUCAGGCAGAGCAUGUGUUUCAUAAACAAAGUUAAAGCGUUGAGUACCUCACAGUUAGCAAUAUCGUAAUUAAUACUAACAUAAGCCAUCAUGAGCGAGCAUAACUGCCUCGCCAUCUAAUACAAACAUCCGCCAGUAUAAGUUUUUGAUCCAAUGUCAUUGAGUUGAUACAUCAUACAUGCAUUCAUCCUCCAUCUCAUCCCUUUUCUCCUCCUCAUCAAUUUCCUCGAGGUCUUCAUCCGCUCUGAGAAUUUCAGCUAAGUUGGAAUUUCUAGAGAAUGGGAUUUGGAAUUUUACAAGAGGUCAAAGUAGAGUAACAGACCUCAAGGAUUUUUUUACCAGAAGAUGAACCCUCUCCAGCGCCGGGUUUAUUUCUUUCAGCCGGCUGCGUUUUUAAAUAAACGCGUGGCGGCAACAAACAACAAAGACAAAAACGCAGCAUUUUGAGGCUUGUGGUGGUUAUUUCUAACGUGUGCAACGAUACGCGAAACAUUGUGUCUCGUUUUUGGUCGAACGACACAAGUGUUAGUCGAUGUCUGAAUAUCUUUAUAAAUAGUCCGUCCAACAGACAACUCACUGACACAAAAAGUUCACAACAUACCGAAUCAGAAGACAAGAAGACAAAAAAUGGCGAAUGAAUAUGGAAUCGGAAUGGGUUCGAUUAUGGCGAUUGUGGUCGUUGCGAUAAUAUUGUUGUUCGUUCCGCUAAUGAUGGGACCAGUGGCUCCACCAUCUCCUCCACUUAUCUUGGUGUUUCCUCUUGUCUUACUCUUCGUGUUUCUCUAUCUCCAUUUUACGUGCAAGUGAGAAUCUCUUUUUGGUGAUUACCAUAUGUAACAUGUAACGUAGUAUGUAUUUAUCAGAUAAAUAUUAAUAUAUGUUUCUGUCUCUACAUAUAUAAAAGAAAUAUUUUUUUCGAUUUGCA